ACGUGACUUCUGUGUGACGUAGGUUAACGUCAUGUGUUCUUUAGAGAAGGAAGUUUUCUUUUUGUGAAAAUCUGCUCCUCCUCCUCCUGACAGACAGGAACAUCCAGAUGUUUCUCCUGUACAUCUGUACAGCUAUUCUGGUUGUUAGCUGUGAUGGCAUCUCCUCUGAAGAACCUCUGAUUAAUGUAAAUGCCACAGUGGGUUCCACAGCUCUCCUACCCUGUAACUGUACCACUGAACCUGGUAAAACACCACAUGUUGAGUGGAUAAUUGAUACUGAGACAGUGUUUGAGCGAGAGGGUGGUGACUCGUAUCAUGGUGAGGGAUAUGAGGGUCGUGUGGAUGUUUCUGAGGACGAGCUGAAUAAAGGAAACUGUUCUCUGGUGUUGAAGAAUGUCACAGUUAAUGAUGAGAACGUCUACAAAUGCAGUCUGAUGGUGAACUCUGAACAGCGUCCGAUCCAGAAGGUUCGUCUCUCAGUUGUUGCCAAAGAAACAACGACACCGAGUUCAGACUCUUUCAGAGAUCAUUCAAAUCACUCGUCUGAAAACGAGAAUGAACCUCCUGCAGGUUCUCGUUCACACUGGAUUAUAAUUAUAAUAUUGUGUGUUGGUUUGGUCGCUGCAGCAGUGAUGAUGAUCUUCAUCUAUCGUAAGAAACGAGGACUGGAGACUCUACAGAAGCCCAGGAUGACUCCAGUGAAACACGAGGAGAGUUCAGAGUGAUCUCCAGCCACACCGACACGACUGAGGACACAUCACAGAUUAUCUUCAACUCACAACUCAGAGCGGAGAGAGGCAGGAGGCUUUUUAAAGAGAUUUACUGUCUUCUGAAAAU